AAAAAAAAAAAAAAAAAAGGAAAGAAAGAAAGGAUGCGUACAAUUCGAGGAUUACAGAUAACGUCGAUUGUUGUGUUAUCACCUGUACUACUGCUUUUAAUCUCUUUAAUUUGGAUGUUAUGUAUCUCAAUUUUUAAACAUAUCAUCUCUACUCCAUCUUCAACUGAUAUGAUACAACAACAACAGCGAUCUUUCAAUCAUCAUAAACAUCAUAUUAAAAGAUCUCGAUUCUUUACUAAAUUAAGACAGUCUGCCAUUACUCCCUGUGUCAUCAUUUUACUCUAUGCAUUCUAUAUCUUAUUCAAGAAGCAAAAGAGACAGGUAUUGGAACCUUCUAUUCUAAUCGAACCAGAAAUAAAAACCACCAAAAAGCAUUCAAAACGACGAAAAGUACUGAAAAAGAAAAAGAGAUUGGAUCUAAAUGUGGCACCUAAAGGAAACCAUACCCACCAUCAUCACCAUCAGCAACAACAACAACAACAACAACAACAGCAACAACAAAUACAAAAAGAGCAACAGCCCAUACAGCAACAACAGAAAAAAGAACAACAUCAGCAGCCUACCAUGCUCGAUUCCCCUACACCAUCUUGUACAACACUUAAAUUUGACAACACGAAAAUUGACCUAAACCUUCUCUCACCCGAAUCUACACCUCUCCAUAGCGAAGAUGAAGAAGAAGAAGAACAGAAAAGAACAGAAAAGAACUGGUAUUCUCCCUUUAUGACAGGAUUGGAUCUUGAUAUUAUACCAAAAUUCUCUCAAGAUCAUCAUGCACCCAUCUUUUUCACUACCGAUCAUUUUCAAAAGACAACCAACAAAACCACACUCAUACCCAGUCUUUUACGAGAUACAAACAUUCAAUUACUCGAAUCUCAUCCUUACAUCCCCUCUCAUCUUCAUUACCACCAUCAUCAUCAUCAUCAUCAUCAUGCCUUUGGUUCCAUUGGUGAUAAACGAAAAAAAUCAUCUCUUCACAUUUAAUCCCCCGCCACCCCUCCAUUCUGUACCAUAUAUAUUCUCUUCCCAAACAACAUCACAUCAAAUAUAUAUAUAUAGAGAGAGAGAUCAAGAGAUCAAGAGAGAGAGAGAGAGAAAAGGAUCAUCAGGGGCUUAGAAAAUAAAAAAGAAGGAGUACACUUUUUUUAAUUUAUAAAAUAAAAAAAAAAAUAAAAUAAAAAAUACAUGAGCAACAAUGUAAUAUUUUUUUAUCCCUG